CCUCUCUCUCCUGCCUCCCCUUCCUCAAAUCUCCAUCGUCGCCCCCGUUCCCUACCCACGGCCUUGGCUUGACCUCUGCGAGCGGCAAAGGCGUCGUUCCUGAAUACCUCGAGACCCUCUCCCCUCCGCCGUAAUUGGCACCUCCCGUCACAAUGCUCGCGUCCCGCCAGGUUCUGGGCAACCUUGCCCGGGGCCGCGUCCUCGGCGGCGUUGCCAGUAGCGCUCGCCGCUUGGCCACCGUCUCCGACUCUGCCCUUGACCGCAAGGUCCGCCAGAACAACUGGGAAGAUAACAGCUUUAUCAACUACAAGAAGAUGUCCGAGAACCUCGCCAUCGUCCGCGGCCGUCUCAACCGCCCCCUUACGUAUGCUGAGAAGAUUCUCUAUUCCCACUUGGACGACCCCCAUGGUCAGGAGAUUGAGCGGGGCAAGUCCUACCUCAAGUUGCGCCCUGAUCGCGUUGCUUGCCAGGAUGCGACCGCCCAGAUGGCUAUCCUGCAGUUCAUGUCUGCGGGCAUGGACCAAGUGGCCAACCCCACCACUGUUCACUGUGACCACCUGAUUGAGGCCCAAAUCGGCGGCGAAAAGGAUCUGGCCCGCGCUAUCAGCAUCAACAAGGAGGUCUACGACUUCCUGUCUUCUGCCUGUGCCAAGUAUAACAUUGGUUUCUGGCGUCCUGGCUCUGGUAUCAUCCAUCAAAUCAUUCUUGAGAACUACGCAUUCCCUGGUGGCCUUCUCAUCGGAACGGACUCGCACACCCCCAACGGCGGAGGCCUUGGAAUGGCCGCCAUCGGUGUCGGUGGUGCUGAUGCAGUCGAUGUCAUGGCCAACCUUCCUUGGGAGCUGAAGGCCCCGAAGUUUAUCGGUGUGAAGCUCACUGGCCAUAUGUCGGGCUGGACUUCGCCCAAGGAUAUUAUCCUCAAGAUCGCUGAUAUUCUCACCGUGAAGGGCGGCACUGGCGCCAUUGUCGAAUAUCAUGGCCCUGGCGUUGACAAUAUCAGCGCAACAGGCCAAGCUACUUGUUGCAAUAUGGGUGCUGAAAUCGGCGCAACAACCUCAGUGUUCCCCUUCAAUGACCAGAUGUACAAUUACUUGGCAGCGACCAAGCGGAAGGACAUUGGCGACUUUGCUCGCUCAUACGCCGCCGAGCUGCGUGAGGACCAAGGCGCCGAGUACGACCAACUCAUUGAGAUUAACCUGUCUGAGCUUGAGCCCCACAUCAACGGACCCUUCACCCCUGACCUGGGUACCCCGAUCUCCAAGUUCAGCCAGGCCGUCAAGGAGAACGGUUGGCCUGAGGAGCUGAAGGUUGGACUUAUCGGCUCAUGCACCAACUCUUCCUACGAAGACAUGUCGCGUGCUGCGUCCAUUGCUCGGGAUGCCCUCGAUCAUGGCAUCAAGGCGAAGUCUGUCUUCACUGUCACGCCUGGUUCCGAGCAGAUCCGCGCCACCAUCGAGCGCGACGGCCAGCUGCAGACCUUUGAAGAGUUUGGUGGUAUUGUUCUUGCCAAUGCCUGCGGCCCUUGCAUUGGCCAGUGGGACCGUCAGGACGUUAAGAAGGGCGAGGCCAACUCGAUCCUCUCGUCGUACAACCGCAACUUUACCGGUCGCAACGACGGCAACCCUGCUACCCACUCCUUCGUCACGUCCCCCGACCUGGUCGUGGCUUUGACCAUCGCGGGCUCGCUUCACUUCAACCCCCUCACCGACAAGCUCAAGGACAAGGACGGCAAUGAGUUUAUGCUGAAGCCGCCCACGGGUAACGGGCUCCCCACUCGUGGCUACGAUCCUGGCAACGACACCUACCAGGCGCCGCCUAAAGAGCGUGCUGGUGUCACUGUUCAGGUGGCUCCAACGUCGGAUCGUCUGCAGAUUCUUCAGCCUUUCCAGCCUUGGGAUGGCAAGGACGCCAAGGAUGUUCCUAUCCUGAUCAAGGCGCAAGGCAAGACCACGACCGAUCACAUUUCCAUGGCCGGUCCUUGGCUCAAGUAUCGUGGCCACCUGGAUAACAUUUCCAACAACAUGCUCAUCGGUGCCAUCAACGAGGCCAACGGCGAGGCCAACAAGAUCAAGAACGUCACCACUGGCGAUUGGGAUGCCGUGCCGGCUGUUGCCCGCGACUACAAGAAGAAGGGCAUCAAGUGGGUGGUUAUCGGCGAUUGGAACUAUGGCGAGGGCAGCUCGCGUGAGCAUGCCGCUCUGGAGCCCCGUCACCUUGGCGGCCUCGCCAUCAUCACUCGCAGCUUUGCUCGUAUCCACGAGACCAACCUGAAGAAGCAGGGCAUGCUACCCCUGACCUUCGCCAACCCGGCUGACUAUGACAAGAUUAAGCCCGAUGACAAGGUCGACAUCCUCUGCACCAAGCUUGCCGUUGGACAGCCCAUCACCAUGAUUGUUCACCCCAAGGAUGGCAAGUCCUAUGAGGUGCAGCUGCAGCACACGUUCAACGAGGCCCAGAUUGAGUGGUUCAAGAACGGAAGCGCACUCAACACCAUGGCCAAGGCGUCCAAGUAAAAGACGAAGCUCAGUUGCUUGGCUCGUGACGGUGUGUAUAUGGGGAGUAAGUGGGGUGAGAGGAGUGGUGGAUAUCCCGUCUGCGCUUGUUUGAUGCGAGAAGCGAAUCGUGGAGGGGCAGUAGGGGGACGAGACCACAGCACCCUGCUCAUAAGGGCAUUGAUGCUAAAGUCUAUGUAUUAUCGGCUCGCAGGAGCUUCUGAUUUCGCCGAUCUCUCUGUAUUCCCAGGAACAUAAUAAAAAUUCGUAAAAUUGCCUAGCG